UUUAGUUUAAACUUUAAUUCACGUAAUUUUUCAAAUUUAGGUACAUUUAUUAUUUUAUUAGGUACAUAAUACAUUAUCAAGCUUUGAAAAAAAAAAAAAAAAGAAGUUGCUAUUUAGUCCGCAAAGUGCAAACUCCGUCAUUAUUUCAUCAACUCAUGUAAUAUGUAAUAUUAUCAUUGAAUUUCGUGGAGAAUGAAUUAAUAAUUGUUGGUCAAGUGUUUAAUAAAAAAGUCAACAAUUAAAAAUAUUUUUAAAUAAAUAAAACACAUGUGUGCCAUUGAAUUAAUAAACAUUUAUUGUCAACAGUCUAUAAAAUAAAGAAUUGGACAAUAAUUACUCGUCAAAAUGAAGCAAAUAUUGUGUGGAAAAUUUGGACCGUCAUUAAUGUUCAUUAAAAAAACACCACGAAUGACAAUUGUCAGUACAAGAAAUUUAAUGUCAGGAAGACUCAAUGGAGCUUACCGGCCUUUAUUGUCAUCACCUCGACCAACAUAUUUUAUAAAUCAACAUCGUGCAUAUGGUAUGUUUAUUGCAAAUGUUGUUAAAGGUGUUUUAAGAUUAAGAUAUCUUGUAUUGGGUGGUGCUGUUACUGGUGGUGUUACAUUACAAAAGAAAUAUGAAUCAUGGAAAGAAGGUUUACCUGGAAUUGAAUGGAUGGAGCAAUUGGUUCCAACAGAUAAACAAUGGCAAGAUUUUCGUGGCACAUUUACUGACAUGAAAAAUAAUGUUGCCAACAGUGUUGAAAUUGAUCCUCGUAUCAAGGAUUUUGGUGAUGCUAAAUACAGAGAGUACAAAUCAUGGUUUAGUCAAAGACUUGAUGAUGCAAUACAAGCUGCUGAAACAAAUAGAGUAGAAAUUGAAAAUGGAGACAACAAUUCAUCUCAAGGUUUUGUCGAAGCACUCACAGGCAUUGCAAACCAAAUAUAUUCAGAAAGUGAAAAAAAGUUGACAAAACCAGUAGCUGUUCAUGCAAAAGGAUUAGAUAAUAGCUAUGAUGAAGAAAAACGUAAAACAUCAUCACAACAAAGAAUGGAUGCAAUGCAAGAUGAAGUUAUGCAAAUACAAUUAAAAUAUCAAAAAGAAUUAGAAAGACUUGAAAAAGAAAAUAAAGAGCUAAGAAAACAAAUGUUAUUACGUGGUAAUCAGAAAGUAAAUAGUAGACAAAUUAAAAAAUCAUUAAUUGAUAUGUACAGUGAUGUAUUGGAUGAAUUAAGUGAUUAUGAUAGUGGUUAUUCAACUGCUGAUCAUUUGCCAAGAGUUGUUGUUGUUGGUGAUCAAAGUUCUGGAAAAACUUCUGUUCUUGAAAUGAUUGCACAAGCCAGAAUAUUCCCCAGGGGUGGAGGUGAAAUGAUGACAAGAUCACCAGUUAAAGUAACACUCAGUGAAGGACCAUAUCAUAUUGCUCAAUUUAAAGAUAGUUCAAGAGAAUUUGAUUUAACAAAAGAAUCAGAACUUGCUGAUUUACGUCGUGAAGUUGAAUUGAGAAUGAAAAAUAGUGUUAAAAAUGGUAAAACUGUUAGUCAAGAUGUCAUUUCAAUGACUGUCAAAGGACCUGGUCUUCAACGAAUGGUUCUCGUUGAUUUACCUGGAAUAAUAAGUACUGUUACAGUUGAUAUGGCUGAGGAUACACGUGAUGCUAUUCGUCAUAUGACUCAACAAUAUAUGAGUAAUCCAAAUGCAAUAAUACUUUGUAUUCAGGAUGGUGCUGUUGAUGCUGAAAGAAGUAAUGUUACUGAUUUAGUUGCACAAAUGGAUCCAUCUGGUAAAAGAACAAUAUUUGUUCUAACAAAAGUUGAUUUAGCUGAAGAAAAUUUAACAAAUCCUGAACGUGUACGUAAAAUAUUAUCUGGUAAAUUAUUUCCAAUGAAAGCACUUGGUUAUUUUGCUGUUGUUACUGGACGUGGACGACAAGAUGAUAGUAUACAAACAAUAAAAGAUUAUGAAGAAAAAUUCUUCCGUAAUUCAAAGCUAUUUAAGGAUGGUCUUGUUAUGUCUGGCCAAGUUACAACGAGAAAUUUAAGUUUAGCUGUUGCUGAAUGUUUUUGGAAAAUGGUUGGUGAAACAGUUGAACAACAAGCUGAUGCAUUUAAAGCAACACGUUUUAAUUUAGAAACAGAAUGGAAAAAUAAUUUUCCAAGAUUACGUGAACUUGAUCGUGAUGAAUUAUUUGAAAAAGCACGUGGUGAAAUACUUGAUGAAAUUGUUAAUUUAUCACAAGUAUCACCACGUCAUUGGGAAGAAGUAUUAAUGUCAAGAAUAUGGGAUAAAGUAUCAAUGCAUGUAUUUGAAAAUAUUUAUUUACCAGCAGCACAAACUGGUGAUCCAGGUACAUUUAAUACAACAGUUGAUAUUAAAUUAAAACAAUGGGCUGAAAAUAAAUUACCAGAAAAAAGUGUUGAAAGUGGCUGGGAAUGUUUAAAACAAGAAUUUCAAAAUUUUAUGAAUUCAGCUAAAAAAAAUCAAGAUCAUGAUGAUAUAUUUGAUAAUUUAAAAAAUGCUGUUGUUAAUGAAGCUAUGGAACGUCAUUCAUGGGAAGAUAAAGCAUCACAAAUGUUACGUGUUAUACAAUUAAAUACACUUGAAGAUAGAAAUGUCAAUGAUAAAAGAGAUUGGGAUGAAGCUGUUAAAUUUUUAGAAAAUUCAGUUAAAGAAAAAUUAGAAACAACUGAAAAUUUAUUAAAUAAUAUGUUAGGACCAGGUAAAACAGAAAGAAUAUUAUACUGGAAAUCACAAACAGAUGAACAAAAAAAACGAACAACAGUUAAAUAUGAAUUAGAUAAAAUAUUAUAUUCAGAUAAAAAACAUCAGCCAACAUUAACACAAGAUGAAAUAACAACUGUUAGAAAAAAUUUACAAAGAAAUGGUAUUGAUGUUGAUAAUGAAUUUAUACGUACAACAUGGCAUCCAGUUUACAGAAGAUUUUUCUUACAACAAAGUUUAACAAAAGCAUAUGAUUGUAGAAAAGCUUAUUACAUGUAUCAUAAUGGUCAUGAAAAUGAAAGUGAUUGUAAUGAUCUUGUAUUAUUUUGGAGAAUUCAACAAAUGCUUAAAGUAACAUCAAAAGCAUUGAGACAACAAGUUAUGAAUAGAGAAGCAAGAAGACUUGAUAAAGAAAUUAAAGAAGUUUUAGAAGAUUACAGUCAAGAUUCAUCAAUUAAAAAAAAAUUAUUAACUGGAAGAAGAGUUGAGCUAGCUGAAGAAUUAAAACGUGUCAGACAAAUACAAGAAAAAUUAGAAGAAUUUAUUCAAGCAUUGAACAAGGAAAAAUAAAUCUUGAAAAUAUCAGAAAUUAAUAUUUAAUAUUUUACGAUUUUUUGUGUAUAAUUGUCGUUUCAGCACAAAUGCAGUUAAUUUAUCAAUUUUGUCAUCAAUUAAAUAUGUAUACACACAAAACAUUAAAUAAUAAAAUAAAAAAAAAAAAAAACAUAAAUUAAUCAUUUAAAUAAUAAUUAAAAAUAUGUUAUUUAUUUAUUUUAAUUUUUUCAUUAUUUUUAAAUAAUUAAAAAUCAUUGUAAACAA